UCGCUUUCACGAAGGGGUCGUUAACCACAGAUCUCUGUUGUUGCUUUUACAUGUUGUGGAUAUGGCGGCUAAUAGCCAAACUGAUAUGGAAGCGUUUGUAAACCACUGGAUAGUCGACUACUAUUCAGUCCUUGCAAUAGAGCUGUUUAAAACAAAGAAAUACGAGGACUUCUGCGGGAUUGUAACUAUACUUGACGGUAUCUUGACCCGUCCUGUUUACUCUUCCGAUGUCACGCCAACAAAGAUACGAGUAUUGCACUUUCUCGCCCGGAUAAAUGAAGGGGAAAAUCUUGAGGUGGUAUUUGAGCAGGACUCGUCAGUAUCUCCUCUGGAAUCGGCCUUAAAGGUGCUGGAAAGUAUGGCGAAGGACUGCUGCACACCACUGCCAGAGAGGGAUUUCGAUCAUGCAAGCGCUUCACUUAAAGAGAUGAUUGUGAGCUUGUUUAUCAAAAACGAUGAGUUUGACAAGGCAAAGGAGGUGCUCAACAAACACUUUCCUAAACCAAGGGUGGGCAAGAAAGCUGUAUUCACUCGGCUGAUCAAUCAGAAGAGCAGAACGCAUGAAGUCAUCGAGCACAUCGACUUCCAGAGUUUUAGGGAGGAGAUGUUUGACUACUGCCAGAGUCUCUUCAGCGACGUUCCCUUUCUCCUCAGGGCUGCAACACGGAUUAUUGAAGAGAAAAGGCUCAGGGAUCAAGUAGCGAAGGCAGCUGGACCUGAUGAGCAAGAAGCAGCAGGCCCGUCCUCUGCUCCACAAAUACACAGCUUCCAUUUUACUCCAGGUAAACAGACAAUACUCCAGAGGACCAGACUGGAGGCAGCCUUCAAGGCGUUGUCUACAUGUUCAGAUGACAAAACAUUUGCUCAGCUGGAGGAAGAAGAAGAGGAGGAGGAAGAAGAAGAAGAAGUGGAGGAAGAACAGGAGGCAAGAAAUGAUCUUUCCCUGCGCCUCUCACCCUCUCCAGAACAGGAGACCAAUCAGGACCCGGAGCCGGACGGGAUAUUUCAGGGAGAUUCGGGCAGCCCCAUGGAGGCUUCCCCAACCGACCAAACACUUCAAACACAUGUUGUUCCUAAAGCACAGGCAGAAUGGCUCUCAAAGACUUCCUCAGUGCUGAGAAACAAGCCUCUUUGGACUGUGGCACGACUGGUGGUGGAGCCGGACAGCCAGGUCAGCUCACCGGCUUCACAGGAAGUGGAGACAGAAGUCAUAACAGAGGAGCCUCCACAGCCCCCGGCUGCACCCGAUAAAUCAGCAGAGCAGAGCGUGGUAACGGUUGAUGAGGAUAGCCCACCUGUGCGGAAGCUACGCAGACGAGAAAGCAACAUCUGCAGCAGAUAUUUCUUGACUGAGUCUGAACUCUCAUCAUCCAGAAAGUCAGAACCGUUAUCAUCAGACAGUAAUGAGGAACCACAGGAGUCGCCCGCUCCCUGCAAAGCCCCAGUGCGGAAACCUCUAACAAAAGAGGCCAGAGUUGUUCUCCGCAAGCAAGUUGAAAUGGUUCCAGAUGAAAUCUGUAUCCGAGAUUCUUCAUUGGACAGCUCACCAGAACUGUACCCUACUCACCCUGUCCCUCAGAAAAGCUCUACUCCUAACAAGGACUCUGCUCGGGAAAAAGGUCCUACACACUCAAAAUGGAAAGUGCUGUACACUAACGCCAAGGAGAGUAGGGAUACAUGGAGCGAUGAAGAGACAUAUUUCAGCGCCAAAAAGAACACAGGAUCGAAGAAUCAAAGCUUAAAUCGGACACUUCCAAGCCACAGAAAGAUGAAGUGGGGUGAAGAGGAGACGCAAUUGUUAAUAGAUGGGGUCAAAAAAUUCGGAGAAGGCAACUGGAGUAAGAUAAAAACGCAUUACUCCUUCAAAGAAAGGUCAAAUGUCAGCCUGAAGGACCGAUGGAGAACAAUCAAGAACUUAAAAAUGGUUUGAGUAUGUAAUCCUGUCUCCAGAAUGGAAUCAUGUUUAAAGAUACUGUUAUAGAAUUCAUGAGUUUGUAGUUCAAUAAAUGUUCAGAUUUUAAUUUAAGAUUGGUUUUUGUAUUUUAAAAUAAAAAACUGCAAUGGUGA